AUACAGGUGAUAAACCUUACAAGUGUUCUCUCUGUAGUUGUUCAUGUACUUAUAAAUGGAGUUUAAAAGCUCAUAUGGUAAUUCACACAGGUGAAAAACCUUAUAAGUGUUCCAUGUGCAGCUAUGCGUGUAGCCAAAGUGGAAAUUUGAAAACAUAUGUUGACGCAUACAGGUGAAAAACCUUAUAAGUGCUCUCUGUGCAGCUACACGUGUACUGUCAGUGGCAGUUUAAAAAAGCAUAUGUUGAUGCAUACGGGUGAGAAGCCUUAUACGUGUUCCCUUUGCAGCUUUGCGAGUGCUGUAAGCAGUAGUUUAAAAAGGCACAUGUUAAGGCAUACAGAUGAAAAACCUUUCAAGUGUUCCUUUUGUAACUAUUCUAGUUACACAAGUGGAAAUUUACAAAAACACAUAAUGAUGCAUACGGGUGAAAAUUCUUACAGGUGUUUCAUUUGCGAUUAUGCGACUGUUCAUAGUGGAGAUUUAAAAAAGCAUAUGUUAAGACAUACGGGUGAAAAACCUUAUAAGUGCUCCCAGUGCAGCUAUACAUGUACUCAAAAAGAGAAUUUGAAAAAACAUAUAGCAAGACAUACAGGUGAAAAGCCUCACAAGUGUUCUCUUUGUAGUUAUGCGACUGCUUACAAUGAAGCCUUAAAAAUUCAUAUGUUAAAACAUACGAAUGAAAUUCCCUACAUGUGUUCUCUUUGCAGAUUUACUACUGCGUAUAAUGGAGGUUUAAAAAAACAUAUGUUAAGACAUACAGGUGAAAAGCCCUAUAAGUGCUCCCAGUGUAACUAUGCAUGUUCUGUAAGUGUGUCUUUGAAAAGACAUAUGUUAAGGCAUACAGGCGAGAAACCUUACAAGUGUUCCCUUUGCAGCUUUCUGACUGCUUAUAGUGGACAUUUAAAAAGACAUAUGUUAAUACAUACGGGUGAAAAACCUUAUAAGUGCUCCCAGUGCAGCUAUACAUGUACUCAAAAAGAGCAUUUGAAAAAACAUAUAUCAAGGCAUACUGGUGAAAAACCCUACAAGUGUUCCUUUUGCAUGUAUGAGACUGCUUAUAGUGGAGCCCUAAAAAGGCAUAUGUCAAGACAUACUAGUGAAAAUCCUUAUAAGUGUUCUCUUUGCAGCUAUGAAAGUGCUGAUAGUAGACAAUUUAAAAUGCAUAUGCAAAAGCAUAAAGUAGAAAACCCGUAAAUAGAAAACAUACAUUAACUGCAUGUAAAAAACCUAGUAUGUACUGUGAGAUUGCAAGUUUCCUUUGCAGGUAUGCGAGUACUGACAGUGACACUUAAAAAGCAUAUGCAAAGGGAAACUGUUCACAUGUUUUGUUUAACAUCAUUCAACUAACACACCGAAAUGAAGUGAAAUAUUUAGGAAUCCACAUCAAUAGGUGAUAAACAUGGUGAACCCACCUUUGGAAAUUUUUCAGUUCCUCAAGUUAAGGUCUUUGGAUGCUAAUCAACCAUUGUGUUUUUAAUAUUGUUCAUAUUGUAAGUAGUAAUAUAUAAGUUACAAACACUGGCAAAAUUGUAACUUUCGCACCACUGCCUUACAAACAUUAAAAAAACUCAGUGGAUUAUUUUAUUAUUAGCAUAUUAUAAUCAGCGGUAACUUAUUUAAAUUUCAGUUUACUUGAAAUUUACAAUGUCCACACUCCAUUAUUCAUUAUAUAGUUUAUUUCUCGUACUUUAUGGUAAGUUUAACUUUGACCAUUACAAAAAUUCUAAUGAACUAUAAAUAAUUAAUUGUGUAGGAUAUUAAAUUUAUGUCUUUCAAUCGCAUAGAAUAACGGAAGAAUUUGUUUUAGUUCUAGGUAACACCCAAAUUGUUGUAAUCUUAAGUCUGCCAUUUACUGAAACACACCUUUAUUAUUAAUCACAUGUAUUAUCGGACUUCAGUAGGCCUGUACAUUUUCAUAGAAGACAUUUCGGUACAGUUUACAGUAUGUCCAGUCUAUAUUGCUACCUACGUUUUUCAGUGUUUCUCAGCAAAAUACUGAUGUCUACUAACGUCUGAGUGAAUCAAACAGGUGAAGUAACAGCUCGACUGGUACUUGCACUGUAAUACAUCAGUGUGUAAUUCUUAUUCAAUAUCAUACCACAUAUGAAUGUCAUAGCAAUAGUGAUCAAGGUUGACGUCCUAUUUGUAAGAAUUUGGAACUACUACCACGGAAAGAAGCGUGAUUAUGUUCAGUAAAGUGAUACUGGCUUAAAAUUUAAAAUUAGUUUAGAGAGGAUUACGAGUCUAGGAAAAGUUAUAACAAUUGCAUAUUAUCUAUUAACGAAACAACUGUCUGUCAUAUGUCUAAUAAACCCAAUAUGGAAGAUA